AUGAGUAGUCACGUGGGACCUUCAAACUUAAAUAGAAAGCGUUUCUCUAGAAAUUUUAAUAAUGAUAAAUAUAUUUGUAUUCCAAGUAAAAAUAAAAGAACUGAAGAAGAAUAUGAGGAGCAAGAGGGAUUAAA